CCAAACCCCCCAAAAGUGUCAAGCCGCCAAUACAACGCACAACUUUAUAAAUUUCAUUUCUAUAAUCUGAGAUUAGACCAACCAAUUUCUGGAAUAUUUUUUUUGCGAAGGCAGAGCUGAAAUAUCAAAAUUUUCAGCAAGUAGUUUCCCAAUUUCUCAACCCGAUUGAAUUUGUUCUCCAAUGGCGCAAGCUAGCAGAAUCUGCAAUGGUGUGCAAAACCCAUUUGUUAUCUCCAACCUUUCAAAAUCCAAUAAACACAAAUCGCCCUUAUCAGUCUCGUUGAAGACGCAGCAGCAGCCUCGAGCUUAUCCGAUUUCGUCGUGGGUUUCGAAGAAAACUGGGAUGAUGCUAAAUGGUUCUACGGUUCGUCCUGUUAAGGUUAUGGCUUCUGUUUCCACGGCUGAGAAGGCGUCGGAGAUUGUGCUUCAACCCAUUAGAGAAAUCUCGGGUCUGAUUAAGCUACCUGGCUCCAAGUCUCUAUCAAAUCGGAUUCUGCUUCUCGCCGCUCUAUCUGAGGGAACUACUGUAGUGGACAACUUGUUGAACAGUGAUGACAUCAAUUACAUGCUUGAUGCGUUGAAGAAGUUGGGGCUUAAUGUGCAAACUGACAGUGAAAACAAUCGUGCGGUAGUUGAAGGAUGUGGUGGGAUAUUCCCAGCUUCCAUAGAUUCCAAGAGUGAUAUUGAACUUUACCUCGGAAAUGCUGGAACAGCCAUGCGUCCACUUACCGCUGCAGUUACUGCCGCAGGUGGCAACGCAAGUUAUGUGCUUGAUGGGGUGCCUCGGAUGAGAGAAAGACCUAUAGCGGAUUUGGUUGUUGGUCUUAAGCAGCUUGGUGCUGAUGUUGAAUGUACCCUUGGAACUAACUGCCCUCCUGUUCGUGUCAAUGCUAAUGGUGGCCUUCCUGGUGGAAAGGUGAAGCUUUCGGGAUCAAUUAGUAGUCAGUACUUGACCGCUCUGCUCAUGGCAGCUCCUUUAGCUCUUGGAGAUGUCGAGAUUGAGAUAGUUGAUAAAUUGAUUUCUGUUCCAUAUGUUGAAAUGACACUGAAGUUGAUGGAACGUUUCGGGGUCAGUGCCGAGCAUAGUGAUAGCUGGGAUCGUUUCUUUGUCAAGGGCGGGCAAAAAUACAAGUCUCCGGCUAAUUCUUAUGUAGAAGGUGAUGCUUCUAGUGCUAGUUAUUUCUUGGCUGGUGCUGCCAUUACCGGUGAGACUGUCACUGUUGAAGGUUGUGGAACGACCAGCUUGCAGGGAGAUGUGAAAUUCGCAGAGGUUCUUGAGAAAAUGGGAUGUAAAGUGUCCUGGACAGAGAACAGUGUGACUGUGACAGGACCACCUAGAGAUGCUUUUGGAAUGAGACACUUGCACGCUAUUGAUGUCAACAUGAACAAAAUGCCUGAUGUAGCCAUGACUCUUGCUGUCGUUGCUCUCUUUGCUGAUGGUCCAACCACCAUUAGAGAUGUGGCUAGCUGGAGAGUAAAGGAGACAGAAAGGAUGAUUGCCAUUUGCACAGAGCUUAGAAAGCUGGGAGCUACAGUUGAAGAAGGUUCAGAUUACUGUGUGAUAACUCCACCAAAAAAGCUGACACCAGCGGAGAUUGAUACAUAUGAUGAUCAUAGAAUGGCGAUGGCAUUUUCUCUUGCAGCUUGUGCUGAUGUUCCAGUCACCAUCAGAGAUCCUGGUUGCACCAGAAAAACUUUCCCCGACUACUUCCAAGUCCUUGAAAGAAUCACAAAGCACUAGACAGAAAAAAACUCCAAACUCCAUUGUCUUUACUUUUCGAUCCAAUGCGAUUGUCUGUUUCCAUGUUUCUUGCCUCUGUAACAUUAACCAAGAGUAUUGUUUGUGUGUGUACUGGAACCGAGUGAGAUGCAACACUGAAUCAGUUUUGAUGGGCCGACCAAGCCCAUUCUCGUUUAAAUCCAAGAUUUGAGGGAAUCUUUGUUA